AUGAAUUUUCAAACAAAUUUUAGAUGAUUUUGAGGCAGCUAUGUCCUCUCCAUAUGCAAAAUGCUUCGUCUUGAAGAAUUGUGUACACGCACCCUUCUUACGGAAAAAUAUGUCUUCGGUGUUCGGAACCCUUCGAUAAAAUCUUCAUUUUAGGGGUCUUCUCUGAUCAAAUUCACCGAACAGAAAUGACUGCAGAAUACCCAGAUAGAAUCAAGAACUUCUUCACUGAAUUAGAAACACGUAGAACCCUACUCACUACCAUCACAGAGACCCACAACAAACUAAUCAAUAAUUUCAUUUCUUUAGACGAAAUCCUCACCAAAAAAUCACAAAUUCUAGAUGCCCGGAUUGAGAAAUACAAGAAACAAACCGACAAAACCCUUGCAGCUCUCACAGUCCGCGACAAUGGCAUCCCUGAAAAAGAAGUUGCUUUGGCCGCCCGUGUAGAACAGCUAAAAGAAUCCGCCAUUAGGGACAUUGAAACGGGGAAUAAUUCGGAUCCGGAGGAGAAACCGAUGUUGGAUUCUUUGAGAAUGCGAUUCAGGAGAAUGGAUUCCAAGGGUUUGAUUAAGUAUUUGUUGGCAAAGAGGAAGGAGUCAGUUCAAGUGAGGGCGGAUAUAAACACGGCAACGGAGGAGGCCGUAGACUUACCGGAGCUUGUAUUGGAGGCGGUUGAAGAUUUCGUUGAGUUGAAAGUGAGUGGGACGAAGGUCGUAGGGAUGGCAGAUCGGCGGUGGGCGUGUGGGAUUUUGAUACAGGCGGGAUUGCCAUUGCUUCCUUAUGGUGAGUCGUUGGCAAUUGGUAGGAGUACGAAGGAUCGAGCAAUUAGGGUUUUGGAGAUUUGGAAGGGGAUUUUGGGUGGUGGUGAAGGUAGUGGUGGGGUGGGUUCAGGUGAAGCUACAAUGUUCUUGCAAAUGGUGAUUGGAUUUGGAUUAAAACAUAAGUUUGAUGAUGAAUAUUUGAGGCAGUUGGUGGUGGAGUUUGCAGGUAGGAGAGAGAUGGCAAAGCUUGCAGUGGCUUUAGGUUAUGGAGAUGAUGAAAUGAGAGAAAUAAUUAAAGAGUUGGUGAAGGCGGAAAGGGAUAUUGAGGCUGUUUAUUUUUCUUUUGAGUCUGGGUUGACUGAGGAAUUUCCUCCUAUUCCACUGCUAAAAUCUGGCAUUAAAAAUUAUCAGAAAAACACUUCAAAGGAAGUCCCUUCAUGGGAUGAUAUCCUCAACGAAAUGAGUGUUGUCCUAAAAAUCAUUAAAUGCAUCGAAGACCACAAACUUGAAUCUCAAUUCAGCCGCGACGACUUACAGAACCGCUACAAUGAGUUGGAGAAGAUGAAAGCCGCUAGCAAGAAGGCGGCACCACCUCCAGCUUCCACAAUUAAGCCUGUGGACAAGCGGCACCGGAGUGGUGGUGGCUCCUCUCGACCGCCUAAGUCCGCAAGGUGGGCAAAGUCUUCCCACCGUAAAGGCCGCCGCCCACCACCUGGCCGGCAGCCCUCUGCCGCCAGAUCCACCGGUGGCUCGAAUGGGGCUAGUGCUGCCAGCCCGGUUCAAGAUUUGUAUGGUGGUUAUGAUAAUAGUGCGGGAGGUGCACCUGUGGGGCCUAUAGAUCAAGCCUCAUAGCAAGUCUAGUUUGCAAGUAGAGAUGAUUCGAAUAUAGGGCAUGAUUUUUUUUUUCCUUCAUUAAAUGAUGUAUAAUCCUAACACAAGCAAGUGUGCUAUAAUUGAAAUUCAUAUUAAAGUA